AUGUUAGUAGUAAAAUUAUUAUUAAUAUUUGCUCUUUUAUCUAAUGUUGAAUGUAUAAUAUGUAAUAAACAUAUUGAGUAUAGAGAAUUUGGAAAUAUUAUUGAAAGUAUACCAGAAAGUAAAGUUAAUUGUAGUGAAAAUUAUUGCACUCAUGUUACUAUAGAUAUCCAUGAUAUAUUUACAGGAUAUGAAUGGGGAUGCCGUAGUGAUAUGGACAUUAUUUUAAAUAAUUUAUUAAUUGCCUCCCCAGGUAUGAAAAAAGAAAUAGAUAUUAUGAAAAAAGCUUGUAAUAAUUUAACAUCAUACACAGGGACAGUCUUGAACUUCCUACAAAAGUGGGAUGAAUGGACAUGGAUAAAAUUUAUUAGCAAUUUAGCAGCACUAACAUUUGUUAUAUGUAUAUGGAUUUUACAUUUAAUUGCUCAUUAUUUUGGAAGAACCCAUUUACAUAAAAUUGUAACAAAAUUAGAAGUAUAUCCUAAAGUUAGUAUUAUCAAACCACUAGUAGGAAUAGAUAAAAAUUUAAAAGAAAAUUUAAUAUCAAUUUUUGAAUUAAUAUACCCAAAUUUUGAAAUAAUUUUUUGCCUUCAAUCAAAUGAUGAUCCAGCUUUAGUUAUUGUUAAAGAAUUAUGUAAUAUAUAUUCUUAUAUACCAACAAAAAUAUUUAUUGGUGGUGAGAAAAUUGGUUCAAAUCCAAAAAUAAAUAAUAUGAUGCCUGGUUUCAGGAGUGCAACAAGUCCCUUCAUUCUUAUAUCAGAUGCUAAUAUUUUUAUGGAAAAAUAUUCACUUACAGAUAUGGUUAGUUGUAUGAGUGAUAAUGUUGGAUUAGUUACACAGAUUCCUUUUUGUAAAAAAAGAGAUGGUUAUGUUGCUGCAUUUGAAAAAGUAUUUUUUGGUACAAGUCAUGCAAGAAUAUAUCUUGCUGGAAAUUUUUUAGAAAUUACCUGUUCAACGGGGAUGUCAGCUCUCAUCCGAAAAUCUGUCCUAGAUAUGUGUGGUGGUUUACAAACUUUUUCACAAUACCUUGCUGAGGAUUACUUUCUUGGAAGAGCAUUUUUAAAAGAAGGUUACAAGUCUUGUAUUUCACAUAUUCCAGCAUCUCAAAAUUCUGAACCAACAACAAUUAGAAAAUUUAAUGAUAGAAUAUGUCGAUGGAUGAAAUUAAGAAUGGCAAUGUUAUUUCAUACAUUUCUUUUGGAACCUCUUCAAGAACCAAUAAUAUGUGGAAUAUUAGGUGGUAUUUCAUUAAAUUAUUUUUUCAAUAUUAAUAUAUUUUUUUAUAUUAUUCCUCAUCUUUUAUUAUGGUGUAUUUUUGAUUAUAAUUUAUUAAGAAUACUUGAUAAUUCAAAAAAUAAUGAAAUUCCAUUUUAUUAUUUUAUUAUAUUAUGGUUAUUACGUGAAUUGACAUCAUAUCCAAUGUAUAUUAGAGCUUUAUUAAAUCAAAAAAUUAAAUGGAAAACGGGUACCUAUCGCUUGGCGUGGGGUGGAAAAAUAAAAAAAGUUUAUGAAUAA